GGGGCCACCGGCACCCAGCAUCUUGGAGCCAACAUCAGCGCGGAGCUGUUUCCAGUGCUCGGUGUCCGGAGGCCUACUUUGGGCUCCGUGGUCUCGUGACGGUCAAGCACGUCUGGGAUGAGAAGCUGGCCCUGGGAGAAACUUCGUGUGGGGGGGGGGGCGGGUUGAACAAAUCACGACGUCGGGGCCCCAAGACCCCGCCCCCUUCGUCGAGCCCGUCGCCUCAGAUGGCCCAGCAUGCCCCCUGAUGGCCCCCAGACGCCCCAGCAUGGCACCCGAGGCCCGCAGUAGUGAGCCUCAAGAUCCAGCCCGCGACCGUCAAGACAGCGGUUCCCACAGAGAUCCUGAACGGCGCCUAUGGCAAGGAGGCCGGACUCGCGAUCGGCACUAUGAUACAGGCGAUGGAGGUGGCGAGCCUGAGCUCGGCGCUCCAGGAGGAGAAGAGGGAGACGUCGGCCAUAGGCCUGGGAGGAGCCGAGUUGGAAAGGAUUUUCAUCCGCAGGCUUGAAGACGGUACCCAGAUCACCGUCACGCACACGGCCGUGAUGGCCGUGUUCGGAAAGGCUCUCGCGAGUGCAUUCCCCGAUGACCAGAUUUUGUGCGAAGAGGACUCCCAGCUGCUGUCGAGGGACGAGAAGUUCGCCGCAACAAGCGCUAGAAUCAUUGAGUCGGCCAAGGUGCUCGAGGACCAGGAGGAGGUGGCGCCUGGGGACGCUGCCUCGUGGGCCUCCGCCUGCGGCAGCUACGCCACCAGGACGGGGGGCGGCCCACCGCCGGGCCGCUAUUGGGUGCUCGCGCCGGUGGACACCCUGGACACGUUCCGCGCGGACAAGGA